AGCAUGCGCAUUAAGACGUUCGACAACAACACAAAAUUCACCGAGUUAUAGAUUUGUUUGUGACAGAAAGUUAAAACUAACGUGGUUUUAUUCAGUUGGUAGAAAUUCCCGUCACUGUUAUGAGAAUCACAAUUGGAAGGUUUAUGGACUUUGCAAGAAACAACCACACAAAGUUUUCAAAAGAAUGGAAAGGAAAUCAGAUUCAGAGAUCACAACAGAAUUGGCCUUACCUUGUAAGCAUUCAUUAUAAUUUCCCAUCUGUACAUUUCAUUUGAAAGAGAACUGAGCAAUUUAAUUUUGUUAUACAUUAAAGAAGAAGAGAAGAUCAAUAAUGUCGUCAAUGGGAGAUGAUGAUGAUUUUGAUGGAGACAUCUGUUUGUUUCCAAUCACUGAUUGUGGGAGCUUGGAAGAAUCCGAAAUUGACACUCACAGCAUUAGUGAGAACGAGUCCAACAGGGAUGCAUCCGAUGAGAAUGAAAGUGAUGAUGACUAUACACACAAGGAGAAAACAAAGGCGUUUCUGUCCCUUCGACAGAGACGUUUGUCUCGAGCACUUGCCUCGUUUGAAGGUUUGAAGGUGAACAUAAACAGAGCUCAGAGGAACUGGCUAAACGCUAUUCGUAAGGCACGUCACAUGGAUGACCCGUGGGAAAAGUUUCAUUUAGAUGAUUACCCAGUAGAGAAGUGCUUCCGUCACAGAUACAGUGCUCUUCGAAAAACAUGGUUGACAGAUGAGGUGAAAGUGAAAAUGGAAAAAAAGGCCUUCAACAGAGGUGCAAUGAGAGAAUGUUUCAGACUGAAGAAGCUGUCCUCAUAUUCAGGCUCUGAUAACUGGAAUCACACCCACAACUUUGUUGCCAAGCGAUACAUGGAGGAAGUGGAGAGGGAGAUCUACUUCCAGGACGUCAAACUGCAGAUGGACGCGAAACUCUGGGGAGAGGAAUAUAGUCGACACAACCCCCCGAAAAAGGUGGACAUCUUCCAGAUGUACAUACUGGAGUUCAAGGACAGGCCUGACUCUCCACUGUACCAUUGUGAGCACUUCAUAGAGGGAGAGUACAUCAAGUACAACUCCAACUCAGGCUUUGUAGAUGAGAAAAUGAGGAACACACCACAGGCAUUCAGUCACUUCACAUUUGAGAGGUCUGGCCACCAGAUGAUUGUUGUGGACAUCCAGGGGGUGGGUGACCUGUACACAGACCCCCAGCUGCACACGCUCGAUGGCAAAGAAUAUGGGGACGGCAAUCUAGGGGCCAAGGGCAUGGCACUAUUCUUCUACUCCCACGUGUGUAACGACAUUUGUCAAAGUCUGGGGCUCAGUGAGUUUGACAUGUCGGAAAAUGAGAAAAUGAUACACGCCAGCAACAAGAAGAUGAUGCGUGUGAUAGCGUCGUGCACAAUGGCCCGGGGUAGUGAGCUGUGUCUGGCGCCUAGCCCAGGGGAGAGCGUGGACAUCACAGAGUUACUGAAGCGGCAACGCUCAAUAUCCACAACCAGUGACUCAGGCUUUGAUGGCGUCCUGUCACCCUUGGACGAGGAACCUGGGUCUAUGGAAACAGGCUCCUCAAACAAACCCAGUCCCGCCAUUGCUGCACGUAGAAGCAGGCUACGAUUCUGUAGCGAAUCAGAAAGCUCUGUUACAUCCGUGCAGAUCCAAAUGAGAAAACAUAUUCUUGCUCCUUUGUCUGAGGAGGAAGAGAUGAGGAACUUCCAGCUUCAGAUGCAGCAAAGGCAUCGUCCCUCGUGUGUGGCCCUGGAAAAGGAUCUCAGACAGACCAACCUGGCCCUCAAGUACAAUGACUCUGCUCUGGGAAAGAUCCACCAUGAGAUGGCCAAGUACCACGAAGUGGGUCGGUUCUGUGACAAGGACACCGAGAACAUUGACUGGGACUCGGCCCUCUUCCAUGAGAUACAGGCAGCAGAGCUGGGAGAACUAGAGGCCAUACUGACCAUGGCAAAACUGUACCUGGGGCAGGAGAGGGAUGUGCUCAUUAACUGUGUCAUCAAGGAUGUUGAGGAGAACGUAGAUCAAGGCAUGGACUACAUGGUGUUGGCUGCAGAGGCAGGGGACAGAGGCGCCAUGUUGUAUGUAGCCAAGGCAUUCGAGACAGGAUACCUGCUGGGCAAGCGCAGGGAGGUAUCCUGGGAAGAUGCCAUACACUGGUAUGACGAGGCCCUCAACGCGGUCAAUGACAACGACGAGGGGGGAGAGUAUGACUCCACCAUGAAUGACCCGCCUUACGCCAUCAUGGCCAAGAUGGCUGAACUGUAUCUCCAGGGGGGACAUGGGCUGGACAAGCUGCCCGAGAAGGCUGCUGAGAUGUACAACAUGGCAGCCGAGUCUGCAAUGGAGGCAAUGAAGGGAAGGCUGUCCAGCAAGUACUAUGCCCUGGCUGAGGAGGCAAAUGCACAGAUUGAGGAAGAGGAGUAGUGAUAUUAAUGUAUGACCUUGCCCUUUAGUACUGGUACAUGUCCUUGAAGUUACCUUACGACCUUGAACUUCUACAUAUGAGCAUGGUUCUGUGAAUACUGGGCUAAAUGCAUGUGCUUACAGCAGUCCGUAUAGGCUUAUCAUGGUCCACAUUUUCAGCUUAAACAUGCAUGUGCUUACAGCAGUCCGUAUAGGCUUAUCAUGGUCCACAUUUUCAGCUUAAACGGGAUUUUCUGUUGAGAAGAGACUUCCUUUAAAUAAAAAAUUCCAUACAGCAGAAAUUGUCAUCUGUGCAGAUUGCAUAGGUUUAUCAGGGACAACACUUUGGCAUAUGCAUUAAGCCCAGUUUCUUUAGAAUGUACCUCAUAUGAACUUGAAUCGCAUCUUUUGAAUGUAAACAGUGCACGUAAGGGACAGCUUUGGAGUACCUUUGGUAUGUUUGUGUAGAAUAUUUGAAUAAAUAGGAAUGUCAUUGUCCUAUAUCUUAAAGACAGACUGACACAUGUAUUUGAAGGAAAACAUUGACCUUGGGAUUUUGACUUUGACCUUGGCAUAUAAAUAAUGCAGAAACAGCAUGCAUGUGGUUUAAGCUGUUGUAUGUUUGCUACAGAAUAUUGUUUGAUAAAGCAUAUCUUUGAGUGUGAACAUUUGUUAAGUAUGAAUGAUAUUACUGCUUGAACUGUGAACUGUUAAGGCUCCUUCGUAGCUUCUGCUGAAAUGUUUUAGUCCAGUCCUGUAUCAAUCCUACUGAUCACAGUGACACUUAUCAAAAACUGUAUGGGACAAGAAAUCAGGGAAAUCUGUAUCAGGCUAGACAGACAUACUGUAAUUAAACAUCCUUGAUUUGCAUAACUUACAAGCUGUAUUUUGAAUUAUGCAGGCUUUAGAUAUGAAAUAAGAGGUUGAAAACGACUGAAUUCUUUCCUAAAAAAACAACAACAAACAGAAAGAAACAACGAAACAUUGUAUCAAAACAACCUUUAUUUUAUAGCUUGUUUCUCUAUCAAUUAUGUAAGUAGCUUUUUCAGUGUGAACCUAUGCACAAGAGUUGUUUUAUAUUUUAUGUUAUUGUGAAGAUAUAUUUUUUAAUUGUGUAUUUUGUAAGUUGUUUUGCAUAAAGUCCCAUUCACAGUAACAGCUGAGAUUGAAAGACAUGACCUUUCAUUUUUGUCCCUUGAUGUAUUUAUUAUUUCUUGUCAUUGAUAUCCUUGUACAUUUCUAUGAGCGCCAUCAUGCACAAAUUGGUCUUGUGCCAUAUGCACCAAGCAUGGCUAUAAAUAAGUUUGCAAAUGAGAUCAGGAAACUUUAGAUUUCUACUCAGAGGAAAAGUAUAAGUUUAUAGUCAUAAAUAUAUUUGAGGCGGGCUCUGUGAAAAAGGCGUUUAAUGCAUGUGCGUAGUGUAGUCAGCACAGGCUUAUCAGGGACGACACUUUCCGCAACAUUUUGAUUUUUGCAAUGAAAAGAUUUUCUUUAAACGAAAAAUAGCAUAAAGGCGGAAAGUGUCGUCACUGAUUAGCCUGUGCGGACUGCACAAGCUAAUUUGGGAAGGCACUUGACGCACAUGCAUUAAACCCCUUUUUCACAGAGCAUGGUCCAUUUAUUGUUAAGCCUUGUCAUUCAAGUAACCAGCAUGAACAAUGAAACAGUUGUUGCAUCUCAUUUCAUCCAGUGCUUCUAGUCUACCAUGCCUUUACAUUAUAGCAAUAGAAUUGCAUUUGUUCAGUUGAUUGUUCAUUCAACAUGAAAGUUGUGAUGGUAUUUGUAAAAGAAAACAGCAUGAAUUCUAUGCUUCUCUGCAGCUGUUUAACGAACUUGAUCUCAUUGCACUAGUACUUGUGUAUAAUCUUGUGGUGAACAUUUCUUAAUAGAUUAAGUUUUUCUAAAUACCAGUGUUUAUAUAUACCUGUCAUGGUGUAUAUACCAUAUGUGAGCAGCAUAGCUUCAGGCCAAUCUGGGAAUGUGCGAAGUCUGAUAAGGAGCUUCCCUUUCCACUAAUGAGAUCACAAACAGUUGCAUGUUGGUUGACUAAAUAGGGGUCAGAGUAGCCCCUGACCAGUCUGCGCAUAUGGCAUAGGCCCAUUUCACAGUGUUGUUUACAUUGAUAUUAUUAUUCUCUGAAUAUUUGCACACCUGACAGAACCUUGCAGUAAAUACUAGUAAUUGGCUAUGGGAUAUGCGCUUCAUAUGAAGGUUUUUUUUCCAUUUAUGGAAGCACAUUUGUUUUGUUUAACUUUUUUGUGUGACUAUAAGUUUCCUUAUUAUUGGAUGUUGAUUCAUAACUUGUAGAGUUCUUCUAAAAAUUAAUAUUUGAUCUUUAUUUUUUCCUGAAAUUGUUAACAAUAUUAUCUCCUGUUAAUUUGUCUCAUUAUUUUCAUUUCACUUUAACUCGUUCUGUUAUGCUGAAAUUUUUAGGACUAUGCAUUUAUGUUAACUAUUGUUCUGUAACUAUGCAAGAGAUUGAAUUUAUUUCUUACAUUUAUACUUGUUCUUUUUCAAUCUGUGUUCAGUGCAGCACAUUGAUGGUCAACAUCAUAUUUGUUUAUGCAUUAUAUUAUUGUAGUACAUUAUGUUUUCUUUUUAAAUUCUUUUUGAUCAUUUCAAUACCUCAUGAUACAUAACUGUCUGAAUACUCGGUGCUCAAUGGUGCAUUGUUGACUUGUCAGCAUGAUGUGUGUGUAAAUCUGAACUAAAAUCGAAUUACAUGUACUCAAUGCUUUCAUUUUAAUAGGUUGAUUUGAUAAGUGUUUAGGAUAUUUGUCUGGUAAACAUUGCAUUAAUAUGUCAUCAAUGCAUGACAAUUAUCACUGCUGCUCCUUUUCUGCUCUAGUUACUCUUAUUUUAUGAGCAAAUUAUAAAAUGUUAUAAAAUUAUAGAAUGUUAUAAAAUUCUAUAAAAUGUUUGUGAAUUAUUUCCUUUUGGUAUAAAUGUUAGUAUUUUUUCCAUAAAAUAUGUAUUUGAUAAUAAAAACUAGUGUAUCUAGUCAGAAAACCAAUAUGUGUAAGGGAUAGUUAUAAGUAAUAUUGGUGGUGUCUGUCAUGUUUAUAUUUGGUGGUCGUUGAUAGACUUAAAUUUGUAUUUGCAUUUUUUACUACAUUAAAUUAUUUUAUGAUAACACAUGUGGAGGGAAGAAAACAGAACAUCAGUCAGUCUCUCAUGUAGUAUCAUUGAAUUUUUGUUGUUUGAUACCAGAAAAACUUGUGGGUGUCCCUUUAAAUUGUUUAUACAUUCCAGCUUGGUUUUUGCUCAUUUCAAAACAUUUUUAUGUACAGAUAAUAAACGUGAUUAUUCUGAACACUAAAAUCAUUUCAGUAUUAUAUUAGACUUGUCUUUUUCCAAUAUCCAUUUAAGUCAGUAAAACACCAUAGUGGUCUAAUACUUUCGUUUAACUAACACUGUUAUUGCUACAUAUUUUCCUGAAUGUUGAUAUGGAUAAUAUUUAGGCCGAGUUCCAAUCUGGUUCAGGUUUGUAAAAACAGCUAGGUCACAAAAUAAUAUCUUAAAAACACCUUGUUACCUCUUUAGAUGCAGUAUUUAUGAUCCAAUCUUGAUGAAACUUAGUCAUAAAGUUCAUCAAGACAAUAUCUAGAGCGAGUGUUAAUCUGGGUCCCCUUGCAUCCAAAACUAGGUCACCAUGUCAAUUAUUAGGAAAAAACUGGUUACAUGUCUAUAGAAUCCAUGCGUAUGACUCAAUCAUGGUGAAACGUGGUAAGGAUGUUUAUCUUCACAAUAUCUAUGUUGAGUAAUAAUCUAGGUCAAAAGUGUCCAUUAAUUAUGUCACCAAGUGAAUUCUUGGAAAAAAAUCUUUUUACCAGUCUAGAGAAGACCGCUUUUACCACUCUAGAGACCACUUUUACCACUCUAUAGUCAGCAUGCAUAACUAAACUUUUAUUAAACUUGGUCAGUUAUCUAGACAUUAUCUAGGCAAAGAUUGAAUCUAGGUGAUAUGUGUCCGAAAAAAUUUGGUCACAGGGUAAAAUAUUCGAAAACCCAUAUUACCACUUCAGAAGCCACAUUUAUGACUCAGUAAUGAUGAAACUUGGUGAAAAUGUUUUGACAAUAUCAAGACUGUUGGAUCAAUUGAACUUGAACUCAAGUGAGAACUGUGGGGCUAGCAUAAGCCUCUUUUUUUUGUUUCAUCUCAUAAAUUUCAAUAUGCCAAGGGGCUGUUUCACAAACAAAUUCUAUGUACUUUUGGGGAUUGGUAUUUGCUUAUGUAAAUAAAGCAUUUUAUAAUUGUGUUGGGAUUGCGUUGGUUGAUGGUUUGAAUAUUUUUUUCUAAUUGUUUAGAAAUAAAUAUAUUUAUUAUCACUUUAAUAUGCAUGCCAUUGUGAUUUUAUGGUAGUUAUUUUUUUCCAUUUAAAACUUUUGAUUCAUUUUUUAGAAGCUUUCUAAUGAAUUAUUGAUUAAAUUAGUGUAAAUGUAUAUUGUGCACAUAACUUUGUACAAUUAUGAAUGUACCAGUAAUACUAAGACAGUCAAAUAUUAUUUUUUGUCAUAUGAUCAAGUACUACAAUGUAGUUAUAUUUCCUUCUGCUGCUUUAUGUGAUUCAAGCGACUUUGCUUGUGAACGGGCAAAGUAUUAUGCAAAAUAUUUAAUGUGCAUACUAUUGUGUAUGGUUAAACUCUUUCAUUAAUAAAUACUGGUAAGAAAGCUAAGUCUGAUAGAUCAUUAUGCAGAAACAUAUUUGUCUAUUUGCUUGUUGCUGUUGCUGUUUCUUUUUUCAACAACCAUCAUUUUGUCAAGGUCAUCUUGAAGGAAAUCACUCUUAAGAUCAUUGAACUAUAGGGAUGCGUUUUCCUUACUUUUAUAUAUUUUUACAUGUUUGUGAUGUUGUUGUUUUUUUAUUACUUUGUAAGUUGUUUGUUUAAAUGUUGAAAAAGUUUGUCAUAACUUAUGAUUAAAUGUUGUGUGCAUUUUUUUUCAAAUGAAGAUAUUAUAGCCUGUCUCUUUGAAAACCUUUCUAUUGCAUGUGCUUGAAGUAUUGUCCCAGAUUAGUCAGAGAAGACACUUUCCACUUUUGUGGAACAUUUUGUUCAAAGGAAGUCCUUUGUUUUAAGAAAAUCUGGUCAAAGAGCAAAAUGUUGUUAAUAAUUAGGCAGUGCAGACUGCACAGGCUAAUUUGGAAUGAUAAUUUAUGCUCAUGUAUCAAGGCCAGUUUUCCUAGAGACAAUGCUUGGAUUAUUUUGUAUUAUAAGAACUGGUGUGCUAACCAAGAAUACUUUAUGAAAGCAUAAUGUAAUUUGUGUCAAUAAAGUGAAACUGACAUGGAAUUUUAUGGAUAUUAGCAACUUAACAAUUUAAUGAUAAGCAAUUAUGAGUUUCUAAAGUUAACAAAUAUGUUUCUUUAUUUAUCAUGGUUUAAUCUGUUUUCAACACAUGUACCUUCAUGUAGAAUUAGAGAUGGUAUUCAUAAACAAGAGUAUGAAAAUAAAAUACUACAAAUAUAUUCCUUUGACAAAAUGAAUAAUAAUAUGUAAUUUUUUGUUUGUUUAUUUGGCUUUUAAAUGUUUAUAUUUGUUUAUAUUUUUGUAUUUAAUGUGAACCAGUAGCCAAGCUGUAGUGGAUUAUGCUAUGAAUUAAGUGCUUUGAUAAGAAAGAGAUCCAGUCUGCACAGGAAACAAAAUCAGAUUUUAAUCAGAUAUGCAGGCAUGCUGGACAACUGACUUGUUGAGGACUUACAGUAAAUACAUACAUUGGCAUAUUUCUCAAAGUUACUUACUGUAUAAUUCAUCCUUGCAAAGGAUUUUCGCUUACAAAAUAAGAUUGUCGACCUGGUUUGAUGUCUUCUUGGGACACGUAAUGUGCUUGUUAUGUUUUAAGUCAUGCCUUUUUAUUCAAAUAAAGUGCAUAGAAUGUA